AGUGAGCCCGCCGCCACUUUUGUUCUUCUUCUUCUUCUUCACCUCGUUACGAAGGCGGUGUUACUAGUGUAAAAAGAUGAUGCGGCUUGUUGGGGGAGCUGUCAGGGGUUCGUUACUGGCACAGCAGCACAGCUCGUGGGAAUGAAUGUCUGGUUGGUCGCCUGCCUUGGCCUGAAUGCUGAAUUGGGUGGGAGCGGUGAUCUCAUCCAAGCGGGUCUUGUGACGGUGUCCUGGGCAAGUAACAAGGAAGCCUCAGCGGUGUGGUCGAUCCAGGGUUUAUUUCUUUUUUUCUUUUCUUUUUCGUUUUUGUCGACUUGUUGUCCGAAUUCGGUCAACCGAAGAAAAAUCAGGGUUUCGAAAGAAAGGGUCUGUCUAAUCUGGGGUUUGUCGUCAAGCGUCAAAUGUUUUGCUUGAGUAUUGUCCGUCGUCAGUCAGAAGGGUAGGGGUUUCAAAGGAUGAUGAUGGAGCAGGGUCCGCAGGGUUUGAUGUCUUUGUUGGUGGUUGAUUUUUCGAGAUGAAAGGGGAUCAGAUUCACACAA